UGACAUUUCUUUUGCAGAAGACCACAAAACCACAUCCUUCAUGUCCCAAACGUCAUCUGGUGAAUGGACUCAUCUGUGAAUAGGAGAGCAUUGAGAACUCAGAAUAUUGAUGUAGAAACCCAUGAAAAAAAUUGAAGCGCAAUGUGUGGAAAGAUAAAUUGUUUCUAGAAGAUAAAUGAUCAGAGUCUUGUUGGAAGAUUUGGAUAUGAUUGGUAUAGAAUAUUGGAGUAUUACAGCACUUCAGAUAUUGUGUGUUUGUGAUGUGUAACGGGCAUCUGAGCUGAGCUGAGCACCGAGGGUGUGUGUGUGUCUUCUGUACGAUGGCUCCAUUCUUCCUGGCCAUUUUCCCGCUCAUCUUCUGUGGAAUUGUUCAUCACACAGAUGGAGAGUGUAAUGUUAACUGUACCACAGACUACAUCUCAGGACUCAACUGUUCGUGUUCAGGCUCAGAAGAAACAGCGUCCUUUGAGAUUCAAGCCAACUGCAGCGAUGAGGCAGGCUCCACAGAUGGGAGAUGUGUCAUCAGACCACCUCAGCAGUGGUGUAGCAUGCAGCCAGAGAACUUUUUCAUGUUUGUAAAUCCUGACACCACAUGCAUACUCAAAGUAAAACAAGUGGACUUACAAAGCAGCAGAGAAGAGUACACUUCAAGUGUUGUGCUCUUGGACCAGAUAAUUAAGCCGAAGCAGCCUUUCAAUCUAACUCUAACUAACAAUGCUAAAGAAUUCAACGUCUCCUGGGAGAUGGCCUAUCAGGAGCAGGAGAACAUUGACCUGUUUGGUUAUUUGAUGUACCGGGUGCGGAUAAGGAGAAAAUACAACAUGGAGGAGAUGCCGUUGGCCGUGUACCCUGUGAGAGAGGACCGUAGGUACCUAGAGUUUCAGUGUGAGCUGCUGUCUCCAGAGACAUAUGUGGUUGACGUCCAGGCCUCAGUGAACCCCCAGUUGAAGAACCUUAACGGUGAAACCCCGUGGAGCGAGUGGAGCCAAAGUGUCGAGUACACCUGCCCCAGCCUCAAGCCUGAGCAGCCCAGUCCUUUCUUAUACUUCUGGAUGGCGCUUUUCUUUAUUGUUUUUGGAUUCUUCGUGCUCUGGAUUUGCAACAGCAACCUGCCGAGGAAGCUUAAGUGUCCGUUUAUCCAGUAUAUCCCGGACCCAAACAAUUUCUUCAAACCUCUGUAUCACACCUACCAAGGGGACUUCAAGAAAUGGGUUGGACCGGUGUUUACCUUCAGCAGCUUUGACGUGUUGGAGAAGAGUGCUCCACUGCAGGUGCUGAGUGAGAAGCAGCAGGCUGCCGCGCCGCAACAGAGGCCUCUUCUCCUCGAUCCGGGAAGUGGAGGCAGUAGUCUGGGAGACUUGAGUCUUCUCAGCUUGAUAAACCCAGACUUAUCCAAGCGAUACUUCCUUGGAGGCAGCAGCCUCGGCCUCGCUCACUCCGGGGGCCACAUCUCCAUGGAUACAGUGACUGUCUCAGGACAGGAGGGCUCCAUGUCGGAUUUCCAUGAGACUAAUCGCCGCACGGUCGAGAUUCCUGUUGAGGCCGAGGACCCAGAGGUGGGCAGGAGGGACGGCUCAGAAAGACAGGGGUUCGACAAUUGGCAGCUGCAGGGCAACGACGCAGAGAACGGCGAAGAGCUCUCACUGGAUUCGUUCGGUUCUAACGAACACUCUGAUUACGGUUAUCCUCAGAUUGGCCUCGACUUGGAUACCAUCGACAGUGGAUUCUUGGAAUCGGACUGCUCGAGCCCCGUGACCUCCGAAUGUGAAAGAGGAGAAGGAAUGGAUGCUGCUUUACUGGGCGACACUGUGGGGACCCAUUCAAACUAUGUCAAGCAGUGGGUGGCUUUUAUACCAGCCUCAGGAGAAAAUAGCAACUCUUUGUAGGAAACAUCUAUUUCUGUGCAGUGCUACACUGACAGGCUAACAGGCUAACGUGCGACAGGGUUUUAGAACUGUUUAAAGCGAUAACAAACCUGCUUGCACUUUUCUCAGCCCUGUUUAUUAGGCUGCAGACAUAACAGUUGUUGCAUAAAAGUCUACAAAACCAGUCAUGCAGAAACAGCAGACUAAUCGAUAUCAGGUUGACUUCAUGCUGGCUAAAAUCUGCCUCUGUGUAAAUCUUAAAGAGAAAAAAAGAAAAACAAAACAAAAAAAUGCUGAUGUUAUCACUUUGGGCAGAAUCUUUUUUUUAAAUAAAACGAAAUGAAAGUGCUGGAACAAGAGAUUUCUAGCAACAGCCCUGUGAUAAAAGCCCAGAGUUUGGCAUUUAUCAAGCUUUCUGAGCCGGAGAGAAAACUGAGAUAAGGCAACAUGGGCAUUCUUUUCAAGCGGACUUUAUCUGAUAGACAAAGAAAUGCAAAAAUAUCAGAUCAUGCAUGUGCUGAGCUCAGCUACUGACUGUAUUCCAACACUCACGCAAAGUAGAAAUCACAUCUGGGUCAAUUUUAGCUGCAGAUUUUAUGUUGUUUAUCGAUAUUUUGUAUGGAUUUUUUUUUUUUUUUUUGACAGAGUGGUGUACAUUUCUAUGUAUUAAGGUCAGCUCAUGAGCGUCCAUAAAGUGCACUGUUCACACACUUUUACUCCAUAUUCCAUUUGCAUACAGUAGCACUUUUACCUUCCACAAUCAAACUGACAAAAAAAAUAACAAUAGCUUUCAUCCAUUAUGGAUAUAAUUUAAAUGUGCCUUUAAUAAAAAACUUACCAGAAAAUUCAUACCAAUGUCUAAUUGUAAUGAUUGCUGACUUCACUAAAGUAGAACUCUAUUCACUUCAGAUCUUGACAACACGAUCUUUUAAAUAAAAAUAUGAAUAAAAAAGCGGGGACACUACAGAGAAAUGCGGAGCGUAUUGUAUGCAAUCACUGUCACAUCAGUAUCUGUUACUUCCUCACAUGUCAUGAGGUACUUUCUUGUUUUUUUUUCCCAUUAAAAUUCCUUCUUUCCAA